AUGUUCAGUCAAAGACUACCUAAAGCCCCAUUAGAUGGAGAUAAUCAAUCACCUAAAUUCAAUAGAUUAUCGAUGAAUUUAUCCAACAGUCAAUUGCGACCUCAGUCACCAUCUAGUGAAAGUUCAAGGGCGAGAAGGAAACCACCUCCGGAUUUGAUUGGGGAGGUACAAAUGAAGAAUGCCAACAAGAUCAACGAAGAAAGAUUGAAUUCUUCCAAAAGUAGACAUGAAUUAGACGAUAUUAUAAAAGAUUUAGAGACGGAAAUUGAUAAAUACAACAUAACAUCCGACCCUUUUGAUAAUACCAUGGAUAGUUCUAUCAACAAUAUGGAUGAUUCGAAUAUUGAAUUCGAUGAUCCAUUUAUAUUCACUGAUAAUGGUCAUGAAGGUAAACAAAAUUUAACCGAGUUCGUUCCACCAUCGGGUGAUAUUCAACGAUUAGAUUCAUAUAAUUCAUCAUCUUCCAGUGUUUAUGAUUCGCCAAUGAAAUCACAAUCUAGUUUGACCGAUUUCAAACAACCACCACAAAAUUAUUCAAUGUUUGGAAAUUCUUCUCCAUCAUUAGAACCUCCGAAAGAAAAUUCCAUACCUUAUCCUUUGGAUUCUCCCAUAGCUCCAUCACCAACCAGUCUUACAUAUUCACGAUCCGUUGAAUCAAAUAUUAGUGACGGUAACCAAUUUAAUGCCCCAAUAUACCCCAAUGAAGAUGAAUCUUUAAAAUAUAAUAAUUCUAAUGAAACAACACCUAGAAAAUUAACAAGAAAUAAUUCUCUAGGUAAAGUUAAUUCCCAAAUUACUAAUGCAUCAAAAAAUCAAUUAAAACCAACAAUACUGACACCAAUAACUAAUUUAACAUUUACAGAUUCAAUUCGAAAUUCAACCAGUUCAUCACAAAAUAAUGCCCCUGCCAUGAAUCCUGCUAUAUCACCGAAUAUAAUGAAAUCAAGUCAUAGAAAGUCUAGUUCUAUGAGUUCGAUUUGGUCAUCAAAUUCAAAUAGAAAUAUCAAUUUGGCUACUUUAAAGAAAACGUUUAACUUAAGAGUAGGUGAAGGUGAAAGAUCGAAUUAUGUCAUAACUUUACGAAAGAAUGCAGGAACAGCUUAUAAUGAAACAGCUCCAGGAAAAUGGAAAUUACCUAUAGGUAUAUCACCUAUCGAUAAGCGAGCUACCUAUACUUCUAUGAGAAUGGGUAUAUCACAAAAGGCCAAAAAAGGAAGUGGAGUUGAAUUGAAACAUGGUCAUUUAGCUCCAAGAUUAUUAGCUGCUGAAGUAGAUGAUAUGGAUGAUGCAAGAUCAUUAAAAGGAUUGAGAACCACCAAUACAUCAACUUCUUUAGGUAAUUCCUCAUUAACUACCAAUAGUUCAGGUAGUAAUGGAAUCAGAACUUCAAAUUCCAGUACAUUAUUAACCAACGAUGCACCAUCAAUCAAAAGUAUUCCUAGUAAUAAGAAUUCAUUAUCAAGAACUAUAACCGAAAAUUCCACUACUAGUUCAAUAAUUACAACCAAUGAUAAUUCUAAAACCCCUAGUUCCAAGAGAUCAAGUUCAAUAUCGUCAUCUUCAGGCAGUAUUUCUGAUGAUGAUGUUCAAGUAGGAGGAUUCUAUCAACAUCCAGGAUAUAAAUAUGAUGAAGAAGAUGAAGAUAAUUUAACUCAUAAAGAAGAUAUUGAUGCUGAAACAGAAGUUGAAAAUACCGAUAUUGAUGAUAACGAUAAAGAACCACCUAGAUUGUUCCUCGCUAACCCUGAUAAUGAUAGCGAUAGUGAUUAG